AUGGCAACUUUUCUAGGAAGACCACUCUUCAAGAAUCAGUCUGUUUCAUUCCAACUUCUCCUCUCCAUCACUUUGUUGCUUUCUGUUUCCCAUUCUUCUGCUUCUUCUUCUUCCUCUUCUUCUUCUUGGACUGGAGAAGGACAAGAAGCAGAGGCAUUUCUCAAAUGGAAAAACAGCCUUCAGUAUCCAAUUCAUUCUCUUCUCAUAUCAUGGAAGCUUGAUAAUUCCACCUGGCCUUAUAAUUCUUCUUCUAGUAGCCCCUGCAACUGGGAUGGAAUAUCUUGUAAUGAGUCCGGAAGUGUCAUUCAUAUCACUGUUAGUGGUGGCAAUUUGAGAGGCCUUCUCUCCAGCCUUGACUAUAUUUAUAUGAGGGAGAAUGAGAUAAAUGGUUCCAUCCCUCAAGAAAUAGGAAACCUGUCAGAACUGUUGUAUCUCGACUUGAGUAAUAAUUAUGUCUCUGGAAACAUUCGAUCUGGGAUGGGCCUUCUUUCAAGUCUUGAAAUCUUGUACCUAGACAAGAACGAAAUAGAAGGAUCCCUACCUCAGGAAAUAGGAAAUUUUAGGUCUCUCAAAUGGUUCACAGCUGCUGAGAAUUUUCUCUCAGGUAUCAUACCACCUGGAAUUUCCAGAGCAACUCAACUGCAGGUGCUUGACUUCUCCUCCAAUAAAUUAGUAGGAGAGAUCCCAAAGGAACCGGGAGAUAUGCCAUUAUUGGUUCUGAAGUUGAAUGACAAUAUGCAGACGGGUUCUGCAGCUGGGUCGCCUGCAUCGAGAUGGGUAAAAGUUCUGCUGGGUCGGUUGGACCCGUCCAACUGCUGGGUCGCCUGCAUCAAGCAAGUCAUCUAUGAGACGGGUUCAGCUAGGUCGCCAGAAUCAACGAUGAUGAUUGAGUCAUUUUUGGUGUGUGGCUGA